AUGGGGAAGAAGAAGCGCCAUCACACCACCUUGGAAGAACUCCUCGCGCGACCAUGGUGCUAUUACUGCGAACGAGAUUUCGAUGACUUGAAGAUCCUCAUCUCACAUCAGAAGGCGAAACACUUUAAAUGUGAGCGAUGUGGGAGAAGAUUGAAUACUGCUGGAGGACUGUCGGUUCACAUGAGUCAGGUGCACAAGGAGCAGCUGACUGCCGUAGACAAUGCGCUGCCAAAUCGAGCCAGUCUCGACAUUGAGAUAUUUGGGAUGGAGGGCGUUCCGGAAGACAUCAUUCAAGCCCACAACCAGCGCGUUCUGACACAGUACCAGCAGGCGGAGGCCGAGCGUCGUGCGGCGACAGGAAAUCCUCCACCAGGCACGGCCGGUGGUACCCCACGCAAGAGACCCAAGCUCGACAUUUCCGAGUUGAAGAAGAAAUUAGCAGAGCAUAGGGCCAAGAUUGCGGCCGAGAAGGCUGCUGCCGCCGGGGUAAGCAGCGGCGACACAACACCAGUUAGUGCUGGACAAAGCGCGCAGCCCGCAAAUGGAUAUGGACAACCUUCUCAGUAUCCCGGUGGUCAACAGCCUUAUAACAACGCCGCUGCUCCUAAUCAACAGUAUUCUUACCCACCACCCUAUGGCAAUGUCAAUGCUCCCUACCAGCAGACCCCAAGCCCCGUAUACCCGAAUUUUUCACCCAAUGGGCAACAACAGUAUCCACAAUUUCAGGCCAACGCCCCUGGACAGGCGCCUGUUCCGUAUGGAACGACGCCUCCGCCUAUGCCUUUUGCACAACAGCAGCAGAUGCCGGGAAGAACUCACACCCCUCCGCAAAAUGUAUCGUCAUACCCGCCUAGGCAGGGGAGCUUACCGUCUGCACCGGGCCUUCCGCAACGCCCGACAUUCGGUGCUCCGCAAGUCAACGCCCAGCAGAUGCAGCAGAUGCAUCAGGGACAAGUGCCGGCUACCACUGCAGGUACCGCUCCUAGUGCGCACGAGCAAAAUGCGCCUACUGCAGGCGCUCCCGCAACCAGCGAAGCAGCGGCUGCGCCCAUUUCCAGCUCCGUUGAUGAUUUGAUAUCGGGCGCAGCGAAAGCAGCCGAUGAUGCAGCCGCGCAAGCUUCCGCGCAGAAGGCGGAAGCAGCAGAAGAGAAGAAGGCGAAAAAAAGAAAAGGACAAGGCCAAGACGAGGUUGGUGUACUCCGACAACGAGAUCAGUCCGGAGGAGAAGAUGGCCAGGUUGCCAAGUUUGGCGAAACAGGCGCAUGCAUGGACAGACCCGUUGCCAAACGAACCAGUCACCCUCGUCCUCGUCAUGUUAUUACUGCUUUGUGUGUGUGUGUUGCCGGACCCUUGAUGUGCCUCGAUCAAGGAUCGCACCACUGCAAAGAAAAGAAAACAUGGUUAGGCGAUGACGGGCUGCUGUACACGAAUAAUUCCAAGGUAGGCAUGGGGUUCAUGGGAAAAAAAUGA